GAAUCCCUCGACUAAAGAUAAAGGAUGCGUUUCUGCGGCACAUCACAUGCGGCAAAGGAGGGAAGGACUCCGGCGCCGAGCGUCGAAGCUAGAACGGAGUCGCGUAAGUUCGUCGCCGCGCGAGUCUGCAAUGACCGGCUUGAAGAUGAUGUCGAACGCUGCAGCUGCCUUUUAAAAGAAACAACUCCUCACCGUGAUCUGACAACUUGUCAGCGAUCACGCUCACAAACGCGCAAGGGAAAAGCCUUGUCAAAGCCUUCACACUCGCAGUAUCAUCUUCCUUGUCUUGCUGCCAGCUUCUUUCCUCUGGCACCCCGCGAAGAACGCCGAACGAGUGUGCGGAGCUCGUCCUGAGGAAACCUUUGCCGGAAACACCGUCCUCUAUCCGAUUCCCCUCUGAAGUGACCAGAGAGCCUUCUUUCCCGAGAUCCACGGAAAAAGUCUCGUCUUUAACCCGGAUUCUCUGUGUGGCGGAUGUUUGAUUUCCGUCUGCAUCUGGAGCCAGAGAGCUCUCGUUUUUCUUUACAGGCCCUGGAUGUUCGAAAAAGCGAUGUCAAUGCAUGACUGUCUGAGGCGCUUCCGAUUUUGAACUCAGCCUCACCCGCUUACCUGUACAGGUGUACAGACACCUGAGACAUGGACAUCUUGACCUACGACGCGUUUGCGAAACGCUCCGGACUGUUCUUUUUUUGUGCCAGAUGCGCGUGUCAAUGAGCGCGAAACUCGCGAAUUUCCCCCUUUUUCCCUGUAAGGAGGCGCAGACAGUCGUUUAAGUCUCAUCAUGGAGAAGACCGAAGAAGAAUCGCACCCGAACGGGACUUCGCCGCCCCAUUCCGCGGCGGCAGAGAAGGUGGGCUCCGCUUCGAGUCCUCCGCUCGCGAUAGCCGCCUCUCUUCCGCCGCCGGUCCACUCAGUCUGUCGCGCUUUGUCCAUUCCUUCGGACAGUGUGCCAUCGCAGAAGAAGCUGCGGCGAGAAUUUGUCCGUCUCUGCGAGACCCCUUUCGCUUCGCCACCGUCCCCCGUACUGUCGGAGUCGCGCGUUUCCCCCUCGGCGUCGCCGGCGCCUUGUUACCUCCUAGACCUCGACGCCACUUUGCUGCUGAGCCUUUUGAGGAUGCUGUCGCCGCGCGAGCAGCUGGAGAGCGUUCUCCCGCUGUGUCGUUCCCUGUAUCUCUCCUUGUCUUCCCUCCCCUUCCUGCAGAGCCUCGUUCUGAAGGCCCCUGGCGCGUUUGCCUCCUUCUUCGCGCCCGAUCGGCCGCUCGCGAUGGCCAGAGCGUGUUGUCUCAGGUGCUGUCGAGUUUCCUGCUUCUCAGCGCAUGCAGAAGACACCGCAUUUCACAAAGAAGGAGAAGAGGCCAGGGACAGCCACCCCCUCGGAGAGAGAGGCCAAAGGCUCACGGGCGAACCCGCCGGCGAGAGCAGAAACGCGGCUCAAGAAACAGGCAGCUCCCUACGUUGUCUCCCUGAAUGCAUGGAAAAGAAAACAUCGCCUGGCUUGGCGACUUCCGCGGUGUUUCCUGACCCUGCUGCUGCUGCUUCUUCUGCUUCGGGCUCCUCUGCCUCUGUGCGUGUGCUCGCCUCCCCAAGCCGUGUCUGCAAAGAGCCUCUUUCCUCGAGUGCACUCUUCCCGUUCUUUCUCCACCUGCGCAAGUGCUCGAAACUCGAAGUCGUGGAUAUUUGCAUUCCUGGAAGUAUCACUCCCUCGCCCCUCCUUCUCCUCUUUCUCCUUCGCUGCGCCCCGCGUCUCCGCCGCCUCACCGUGCGCGGCCUCGACGAGGGCAGCGUCUCCUGGCGCAUGCGGCGUCGACCCCUCGCGCAUGCAUCCUGCGAGCCCUGUGAAACGCGCGAAGGCACCGGGCCGCUCCCCCCAUGUGCGCGGAAGUUCGCGGUCUUCUGGCCCUGCAGGUGCCGGAAGAACGUCGAGACGAAAGACGCAGAGUCUGUCGGCGAGUCUGCGAGCAGCCAGGACGCACCUACACCUUCCGGCAUAGAGACCGGGUCACCGAGUGGCGCAUGGGCUGACUUGCCUCCUGGCGACGCCGCAACGGACGGGAACGCGCCACAGCGUUCCUUGCUUCCAGAUUCGGAGCCGCGGACAGAAGAAACGACAACCGACUGCAGAGCAGAUACCUCGAGUUCCCCGUCUCUAGAGAUUUCUGGCGCCUCAGCUCUCUCCUGUCCUUCCCUCUCUGUCUCUCCAGACGACUGCGUGGACGCUGUCGCUGCGCGUCUGUGCGCGUCUUCUUCGGGGGCUUCGCCUCGACUCGCCGCCGGGGCCGCGCCGUGUGUACACUCCGACGGCUCACCCCAGGUGUACAGACAGCUGGCGCCUCGGGGCUGCGCCUCGUGCGAGUCAGUCGCCGCAUCUGCGAGUCUGCUGGCGAGCGUCGAGGACGGAGAGGCGCGAGGCGAAGACCUUUGGCUGCCGGCGCGGCCUCUCGCGCGGCUUUUCGCGGAGGCCGUUUGCCUAGAGACACUCGAACUGGAAGUCUCUCGCAGGCGGGGCAUGUACGCAACCUUCCCUCUCGCUGAGGUGUCUCUACUCGCCAGCAGCCUUGGCACGCAGGCCCUUGCGAGACUUCGCGACCUCGAAAUCUGCAAUGCCACCCCCAAAAGCUUCAAGUGUGGCGCCAUCUGUUUGCCGAGUUUGCGGAGACUGCGCCUGCACUUCGUCGAAGUAGCUUCAGACAACGUUCAUGACCUGGACUGUCUUCUGGCAGGCUGCCCGCACUUGGAAACCCUGGCCGUGCAUACAGAUAGCGACGACGACCAGAUGAUUUUCCUCAAUCGCCUGCUGAUCAAAUCGCUCCGGCGUCUGGCCGGAGACGACUCUAACGAGCCGGCACGAGAUCUGCGAGACGCUCCUUCGAGCGCCACCACGACGGCGUUCGUCCAUGCAGCCGGAGGCGAGGUUUCCGGGUCGAGACUUCGACCGCGCCUUCAACAGGCUUCUUCUGCCGCACUGGACGGCGAGCAGCGACAGAGUGCUUCCUCGCCAGAGCCGCGCCAAGCAGGGCUGCCGCGGCUUAAGGCCUUCCAGAUGAUGCUUCUGGACCUGCGAGUUAUCCACCUCCUCGCUGGAGUGGCUCCGGGACUUCGUGUGCUGCGGCUGACUGAAGUGGACAGUUUUCGAUGCCGCGAGGGUCGAACGGUUCUUAUGGAAGCAGUCCGACAUCUCCGCCAGUUGCAACGUGUCGAGUUGUUGGGCGUUCUGCUCGAAGCGGAGGGGAAAAUCGAACUAGACAGUCUCCUCGCUGCAGAGGCCGAAUCUCGUGGCUGGGGACGAGACGCCUUGACCCUCGGGCAUGGCUCCUCAGUUGCUCAAGAGUUUUUUAUUCCGUGCAUGUAACGGUUAUUUAUGGACAACGUUUCGUGGGCACUAGACGGAGCUGCUUGCCGACGAAAAAUGCAGUUUUUGUCAACAUGUGGCGGGACGGAGAGGCCCUCGCUUCUGGUGGACGCACGGCCUCGCGAGGGCUGCUGUUCUGUGCUGUGUUUUUGGUGAAACAUCACGGGGAAAGUUCGGUACAAGUGCGUGACAACGGAGCGAACCAUGAAGACGAACCGAGGGUAAUCCGCACCUGCACUAUGUAUUGCACAGGCUCCUAUAGCAGCAGUGAUCUUGGCGUUCUUACCGAGAGGCAAACCUGUGGCUGACGAGGUUGAGUUUGAAAAAUUACGAGACUGAGUUAUGGACUAUACAAACUAUAUUUUGGGCAGCGACAUGUUUUUCGGUAAUUUGUACCCGCUCUUACCACAAAUCAGGGAAGGCGUUGCGGGUGUCGCCGACAGACAGAGCACGAUGUUGGGUUAUGUAAGAACACGAAACUGGUUGGAAAAAGCGCAAACGGUUUGCUGACAGACAGAAACGCCGUGAAUGGCGAGCCAGAGAGAGACAAACGAAGUAACGCAAACACGCCGAGAAACAAACUGGGGUCAGCUGAUGGUAUCCUUGCUUUUUGAGGCUGCGAGGCCGAACGAAGUAGAUCAGCAACGGGAUUUGGGAAAGGGGAAGGAAAGUUUCGAGGCAAAAGCAAACCAAACGAAGAUGGACACAGUUUAUUGCAAGCGUGCGCAUGUUCGAAGUGAAAACUCGUUCUUCCCUUAAGUCACAGAUAGCACGCGCGUUUUCUGGGACGAGGACCAGCAGCGACCAGCACAGCUGCUUGCACGCAUUAUUUCUUCCACUCGAUUUUUCGUCCGAAUUCAGGGGCUCCAUACUUUCCGAAGAACCUCGUACAGUAUGUGUCAGCGAAACCGGGUGUUGCUGGUGGAAGGCAGUAGCUGAGGAGGAAACGCUUGGAACCGCAUCUCCGACAUGCGUAUGAAUUUACGUGUACACGGCUGUGAGAAAAACGACUAACUUUGUUCACUGAAACAUUUGGGGCCGUAAGAUCUUGAGCGAAUCCGUCAGAAUAGGAAGGCAAAGGGACUGUUCACAUUGAAGGCUAAAGGCAGCUGCCAUGCCGGUCUCUCCUUCACCUU